ACCCCCCCCGCUCCCGCCCAAGGUUCCUAAAAAAGAAAGGUGUAAAGUUUGGUCCAGAUAGGGAAUGAAUGAUCAAAGCCAAGCCGAUACUUCCUGUUGCCAGGACACUAUAUAUAACGUGAUGAGUGCACGGGCUGCAGAGAAGCACCAGAGCGCUCGCCCAGCCGCCGCCACCGCCUCCCAGCGCCUGAGGUUUCCCGGGGACCACAAUGAACAAGCUGCUGUGCUGUGCGCUCGUGUUCUUGGACAUCUCCAUUAAAUGGACCACCCAGGAAACUUUUCCUCCAAAGUACCUUCAUUAUGACCCAGAAACCUCUAAGCAACUGAUGUGCGACAAAUGUCCUCCUGGCACCUCCCUAAAACAGCACUGCACGGCAAGGCGGAAGACCGUGUGUGCCCCCUGUCCUGACCACUAUUACACAGACAGCUGGCACACCAGUGACGAGUGUCUGUACUGCACCCCAGUGUGCAAGGAACUGCAGUACGUCAAGCAGGAAUGCAAUCGCACCCAUAACCGCGUGUGUGAAUGCGAGGAGGGGCGCUACCUGGAGCUAGAGUUCUGCUUGAAGCACAGGAGCUGUCCUCCUGGAUUUGGAGUGCUACACGCAGGAACUCCAGAGCGAAAUACAGUUUGCAAAAGAUGUCCAGAUGGAUUCUUCUCGAAUGAGACGUCAUCUAAAGCCCCCUGUAGAAAACACACAAACUGCAGUGCAUUGGGGCUCCUUCUAACUCAGAAAGGAAAUGCAACUCAUGACAACAUAUGUUGGAACAGUGAAUCGACUCACAAAUGUGGAAUAGAUGUAACCCUGUGUGAGGAGGCGUUCUUCAGGUUUGCUGUUCCUACAAAGCUUACCCCUAAUUGGCUCAGUGUCUUGGUAGACAAUUUGCCUGGCACCAAACUAAAUGCAGGUGUGGAGAGGAUAAAACGACGACACAGCUCACAAGAACAGACUUUUCAGCUGCUGAAGUUAUGGAAACAUCAAAACAAAGACCAAGACAUGGUCAAGAAGAUUAUCCAAGGUAUCGACCUCUGUGAAAACAGUGUGCAGAAGCAUAUCGGGCACAUGAACCUCACCUUCGAGCAGCUUCGAAUCUUAAUGCAAAGCUUGCCCGGGAAGAAAGUCCCGACAGAAGACAUCGAGGAAACAGUGAAGAUGUGCAAAUCGAGUGAGCAGAUCCUGAAGCUGCUCAGCCUGUGGAGAAUUAAAAACGGUGACCAGGACACCCGCAAGGGCCUGAUGCACGCCCUGAAGCAUCUCAAGACGUACCACUUCCCCAAAACCGUCACACAGAGUCUGAAGAAAAUCAUCAGGUUCCUGCACAGCUUCACCAUGUACAGACUCUAUCAGAAGCUGUUUUUAGAAAUGAUAGGGAACCAGGUCCAAUCAGUAAAGAUAAGCUGCUUAUAACUGGAAGCGGUCCUUGGGCUGUUUUUGCUCACCAUGGACCAGAUCCAAUGAAUGACUAAACUGUUUCUCAGGCACUGGGGGCAGGGGCAGGGUAGGGGCGGGGGAGGGGGGACCAUGGCUUCUUUCUCAUCACCAGGAACUAGAUUCGGCCACAGGGCCCCCAAAGAAACUAUGGUGUAGAGAAGGAACUCUUAUCUCCCACAAAAGUUUAAUAAACCCCAAAGAGUUUCUCCAACCGACAAAUCUGGUCCACUAUCUACUAACUAUAUUUUCUCUUGUUACUGCUUGCAGUAAUUCAACGAGAAUUAAGAAACUAGACUCCAUUGUGCCUUAUUAAAUACAGGAAUGUCUAACUUAAAUAGCUUUGAGAUUUCAGCUGUACUAGAGGCUUUUAUUAGAAAGCCAUUUUUUUCUGUAAAAGUUACUAAUAUAUCUGUAACACUAUUAUCAUAUUUGCUAUUUAUAUUUCAUUCAGAUAUAAGGUUUGUACAUAUUACCAUCCUGAAGGGAAACUGUAUAAGACUUAAUUCUAGAAAGAAAAAAAUAUAUAUAUUCUGUUUAUUACUAUGACAAGUGAAAGAGAUAAAAUAUAUUUUUUAAUAGAAUGUUUGUAGCAUUUCCUAAUAGGUACUGCCAUUCUUCCUGUGUAGAGUAUUUUUGUAAUAUACUUUUACCUGUAUAAGCUGUAAUAUCAUUUUAUAGAAAAUGCAUUAUUUAGUCAAUUGUUUAAUGUUGGAAAGUGUAUGAAAUAUAAAUUAUCUGAAUAUUAGAUGCUCUGAGAAAUUGAAUGUAUCUUAUUUAAAAGAUUUUAUGUUUUUACUAUAUUAACAUCAUUAAAGUUUUCAAAUUAUUUUUCAAUGCUU